UAAGAUUCACGGUCCGCCGCACUUGUUGGUCCUAUGCGCACUCGACGCGGCCCUCUCGCACACCAUACCCCCGCGACCGACGAAAUGUCCGAGGAUUCGUUAACGGUGACACAGUGAGGUGAUCCUUGUGAUUGUACAGUGCAUGUGAUUGUGAUAUGACGAGGACGAGCAGCAUCUGAUCGAGCCUUCUCGACAGCGGAUCUUAACGAUCGGGUCGGUGACCACAUGCCGCUGUCAUCAUGGUGAUCGUUACUCGAGGCGAUUACAUAUGGAUCGAGCCGGUGUCAGGGCGCGAGUUCGACGUGGCCAUCGGAGCGCGGGUGUUGGCGGCCGAAGGGCGCCGCAUCAGGGUGAGAGACGACGACGGCCAGGAGCAAUGGCUGCCGCCGGAGCGACGCAUCAAGGCCAUGCAUGCGACGUCCGUGCAUGGCGUCGAGGACAUGAUAUCGUUAGGCGACCUCCACGAGGCUGGCAUAUUGAGGAAUCUCCUUAUCAGAUACAAUGAGAAUCUCAUCUAUACAUACACGGGCUCAAUAUUAGUAGCAGUGAACCCUUACCAGAUCCUGCCAAUCUACACGGCGGAUCAGAUCAAGUUAUACAAAGAAAGGAAGAUAGGAGAACUCCCGCCGCACAUCUUCGCGAUAGGAGACAAUGCGUACGCGCACAUGAGGCGGUACGCGCAAGACCAGUGCAUCGUCAUCAGUGGAGAAUCCGGUGCGGGGAAGACAGAGUCUACUAAGCUGAUCUUGCAGUACUUGGCCGCGAUCAGCGGAAAACAUUCGUGGAUAGAGCAACAGAUCUUAGAAGCAAAUCCAAUUUUAGAAGCGUUUGGUAACGCCAAGACGGUGCGGAACGAUAACUCAUCUCGAUUCGGCAAAUACAUAGACAUCCACUUCAACAGCGGCGGCGUCAUAGAGGGUGCUAAGAUAGAGCAGUAUCUCCUGGAGAAGUCCAGAAUCGUGUCUCAAGGCACAGAGGAGAGGAAUUACCACGUGUUCUACUGCUUGCUGGCCGGUUUAUCCAAAGACGAAAAGAAAAAAUUGGAAUUAGGUGAACCUUCAGAAUACAGAUAUCUUUCGGCGGGUGGCAGCUUUUCUUGCGAAGGCAGAGAUGACGCGGCAGAAUUCGCAGACAUUCGAUCCGCUAUGAAAGUACUGUUAUUCACAGAAUCAGAAAUAUGGGAUAUAUUGAAACUAUUGGCAGCUGUGUUACAUUGUGGCAACAUAAAAUAUGAGGCGACAAUCAUAGAUAACUUAGAUGCAACUGAAAUAACGGAACAAGCAAACGUGCGGCGAGUCGCUUCCUUGUUGGGAGUGCCCAUGCAGGCGCUGAUUGACGCGCUAACUAGAAAAACACUAUUUGCUCACGGAGAAACGGUUGUGUCCACUUUGAGUCGAGACCAGUCAGUAGAUAUACGAGACGCUUUCGUCAAAGGCAUAUACGGUCGCCUAUUCGUAACUAUAGUGAAGAAAAUCAAUGCAGCUAUAUACAAACCCAAAGCCACCACCCGCACUGCUAUCGGUGUUCUUGACAUAUUUGGAUUCGAAAAUUUCGACCACAAUAGUUUUGAACAGUUUUGUAUAAACUUCGCCAAUGAAAAUCUACAGCAAUUUUUCGUUAGACAUAUUUUCAAAUUAGAACAGGAAGAAUAUAACCAUGAAGGAAUAAAUUGGCAACAUAUCGAAUUCGUUGAUAAUCAAGAUGCGUUAGAUCUUAUUGCAUUGAAGCAGCUAAAUAUAAUGGCUCUAAUAGACGAAGAAUCCAAAUUCCCAAAAGGUACUGACCAAACUAUGUUAGCAAAACUACACAAGACUCAUGGAUUACACCGAAAUUAUUUGAAGCCUAAGUCUGAUAUAAAUACUAGUUUUGGUCUGAAUCAUUUUGCUGGUAUUGUCUUUUAUGAUACUCGAGGAUUUUUAGAGAAAAAUCGGGACACAUUCAGUGCUGAUUUAUUACAACUAAUACACAUAUCGACAAAUAAAUUUUUGCAGCAUAUAUUCCAAGAUGACAUUACUAUGGGAUCGGAAACACGAAAACGUACUCCAACAUUGUCUACGCAAUUUAAGAAAUCAUUAGAUUUACUAAUGAGAACCCUGAGUACUUGUCAGCCUUUUUUCAUACGUUGCAUAAAACCUAAUGAAUUCAAGAAACCAAUGAUGUUUGACCGUGGUCUUUGCUGUAGGCAGCUCAGGUAUUCAGGGAUGAUGGAAACGAUUAGAAUCAGACGAGCCGGUUAUCCCAUUCGGCAUAGUUUCAAGGAGUUUGUUGAAAGGUAUAGGUUUUUAAUUUCGGGAGUUCCUCCAGCUCAUAAAACAGAUUGUCGAGCGGCUACAUCAAAAAUCUGUGCAACUGUUCUGGGAAAAUCUGAUUAUCAACUUGGGCAUACUAAAGUUUUUCUGAAAGAUGCUCAUGACUUGUUCCUGGAGCAAGAAAGAGACAGAGUACUUACCCGUAAGAUUCUAAUCCUGCAAAGGUCGAUAAGGGGCUGGGUAUACAGGAGAAGGUUUUUGAAAAUGAGAGCAGCCGCAAUUUUGAUACAGCGUCACUGGCGCGGCAAGCUGCAAAGAAUUCGCUACAAUAAGAUGAAAGUUGGGUACGCCAGGUUGCAGGCCCUCAUCCGAGCCAGAGUCUUGGCACAUCGGUUCAGACAUCUACGAGGUCAUAUCGUUUCUCUACAAGCUGCAGCCCGUGGUUACCUCGUGCGUCGCUCGUACGGCCACAAGAUGUGGGCGAUCGUUAAGAUCCAGAGUCACGUCCGUCGUCUGAUAGCCAUGAGGCGGUACCGGCGGAUGAAGCAGGAGGCUAUAGCCCACACGGAGGCGUUGAGACUCCGCAGACAGGAGGAACAGCGGCUGCACCACCAGGGCAACACGCGCGCUAAAGAGAUCGCUGAGCAAAACUACAGGGAGCGCAUGUACGAGUUAGAGCGACGCGAAGCCGAACUGGUGUUAGAAGAGAAGCGGCAAUUGGAAGCGAAGAGGACGCUGUUACAAGAGGCAGCUCGCAAGCAGGAGGAGCCGGUAGACGACAGCAAGCUGGUGGAAGCUAUGUUCGACUUCUUGCCCGACUCGAGCAGUGAAGCUCCGGCCCCCAAGGAUACCUCUAUUUUCAGCGAUCUGCCGCAGCAGAGGGCCGAUCAACAAGAGAUGAUUACCCCAAUGCAAACCACAUCGGAGGAUGAAGAAGACCUUUCAGAGUUCAAGUUCCAGAAGUUUGCAGCCACUUACUUCCAAGGAAACGUGACGCAUCAAUAUUCGAAAAAGCCACUAAAGCACCCACUACUGCCACUGCACACGCAAGGCGAUCAGUUGGCUGCACAGGCGUUAUGGAUUACGAUUCUGCGUUUCACUGGGGAUUUACCCGAACCAAGAUUCCACACAAUGGAAAGAGACAACACGUCUGUGAUGUCCAAGGUGACGGCGACCCUUGGACGAAACUUCAUUAGGUCUAAAGAGUUUCAGGAAGCGCAGAUGAUGGGUGUAGACCCCGACGCUUAUCUUAAUAAACAAAAGCCGAGAUCAAUUAGACACAAAUUGGUUUCAUUGACAUUGAAAAGGAAAAACAAGCUCGGGGAGGAUGUCAGAAGGAAAUUGCAGGAUGAAGAAUAUACAGCUGAUAGCUAUCAGUCGUGGUUAGAAUCUCGUCCGACGUCUAACUUGGAAAAGUUACACUUCAUCAUUGGCCACGGUAUUCUUCGUGCUGAGUUAAGGGACGAAAUAUACUGCCAGAUAUGUAAACAGCUAUCGGGGAAUCCUUCCAAGUCUUCCCAUGCUCGAGGCUGGAUUCUGUUGUCCCUCUGUGUUGGGUGUUUCGCUCCUAGUGAAAAGUUUGUGAAUUAUCUCAGAGCCUUUAUAAGGGAAGGACCACCAGGGUAUGCUCCAUACUGCGAAGACCGCCUGAAAAGAACUUUUAAUAAUGGAACCAGAAACCAACCUCCAUCUUGGCUGGAACUCCAAGCGACGAAGUCUAAAAAACCAAUCAUGUUACCUAUUACGUUCAUGGACGGUAACACUAAAACUUUAUUAGCUGAUUCAGCUACUACAGCACGAGAACUAUGUAAUCAGUUGUCAGACAAGAUUGGCUUACGUGAUCAAUUUGGAUUUUCGUUAUAUAUUGCACUUUUUGACAAAGUCAGUUCACUGGGCAGCGGUGGAGAUCAUGUAAUGGAUGCAAUAUCGCAAUGUGAACAAUACGCGAAAGAACAAGGAGCUCAAGAGAGAAAUGCGCCGUGGAGGUUAUUCUUUAGGAAAGAAAUAUUCGCUCCGUGGCAUGAUCCUACCGAGGACCAAGUAGCUACAAAUCUCAUUUAUCAGCAAGUUGUAAGAGGAGUUAAGUUUGGUGAAUACAGAUGCGAUAAAGAAGAAGAUCUAGCUAUGAUUGCUGCUCAACAAUAUUACAUAGAGUAUGGCCAGGAUAUGAAUACGGAACGACUUUACACUUUGCUUCCAAAUUACAUUCCAGAUUACUGUCUAACUGGUGUAGAAAAAGCUGUAGAUAGAUGGGGAGUUUUGGUAGUGCAAGCUUAUAAAAAAAGUUAUUACGUAAAAGAAAAAGUUCCUGCAUAUAGAGUCAAAGAAGAUGUCGUAAGUUAUGCAAAGUUUAAAUGGCCACUAUUGUUCUCUAGAUUCUAUGAAGCGUACAGAAAUUCCGGGCCCAAUUUACCCAAAAACGACGUUAUAAUAGCGGUCAAUUGGACGGGCGUUUAUGUCGUAGAUGAUCAAGAACAAGUAUUGCUAGAAUUAUCAUUUCCGGAAAUAACGACAGUUUCAAGUCAGAAAACUAAUAAAGUUUUUACGCAGACGUUUAGUUUGUCAACUGUUCGAGGUGAAGAGUUUACGUUCCAAAGUCCAAAUGCAGAAGAUAUUCGCGAUUUAGUUGUUUACUUUUUGGAAGGCUUAAAGAAGAGAUCGAAAUACGUGAUUGCUUUGCAAGACUAUAAAGCACCAGGGGAAGGUUCCAGUUUUUUGACGUUCCAAAAAGGAGAUCUAAUUAUUUUAGAGGACGAAAGCACUGGAGAAUCGGUGUUGAAUAAUGGAUGGUGUAUAGGGCGCUGCGAGAGAACAAUGGAAAGGGGAGAUUUUCCAGCUGAAACUGUAUACGUUUUGCCGGCGCUAACUAAACCACCACCAGACAUUUUGAAUCUAUUCUGCCAAGAAGGCGCACAACACGGUAGACGUAUUCCAGCAGCUACCUUUAAUGGAACAGAUACUAGAGAUAAACCGCACACCUUACUGGAAUAUGCUUUGGACCACUUUAGGCUACCUCCGAAACGAACCGUGUCUAAAGCUCUCACGUUAUCAACGGCUAAGCGAGGUGGUGCAGAAGAACUAUGGAAGCACUCUAGGGAACCUAUUAAAUUGCCUUUGCUGAAGAAAUUACAGACAAAAGAAGAGCUGGCCGAGGAAGCUUGCUUUGCAUUUACAGCGUUGCUCAAGUACAUGGGCGAUCUUCCUUCGAAACGACCUCGAAUAGGCAAUGAAUAUACGGACCACAUUUUUGACGGACCCCUGAAACACGAGAUAUUGAGAGAUGAAAUAUAUUGCCAAAUAAUGAAACAGCUGACUGACAAUAGAAAUAGAAUGUCGGAAGAAAGAGGCUGGGAACUGAUGUGGUUAGCCACUGGUCUGUUUGCUUGUAGUCAGGGUUUACUUAGAGAAUUAACAUUAUUUUUAAGGACCAGAAGACAUCCAAUUGCUCAAGAUUCUCUACAAAGACUCCAAAAAACCUUACGCAACGGGCAGAGGAAAUAUCCUCCGCAUCAGGUGGAAGUAGAAGCUAUUCAACACAAAACUACGCAAAUAUUCCACAAAGUAUAUUUCCCGGAUGACACGGACGAAGCAUUUGAAGUGGACUCGUCGACGAGAGCUAAAGAUUUCUGCCAAAAUAUCGCACAGCGACUGAAUCUCAGAUCUAGUGAAGGUUUUAGUUUAUUUGUUAAGAUAGCGGAUAAGGUUAUAUCUGUGCCGGAAGGCGACUUCUUUUUCGACUUCGUGAGACAUCUUACGGACUGGAUCAAAAAGGCUAGACCAACACGUGACGGUAUCACACCACAGUUCACUUAUCAGGUAUUCUUCAUGAAGAAGCUGUGGACGAAUACGGUGCCCGGCAAGGACCGUGCGGCGGAUGUGAUCUUCCACUUCCACCAGGAGCUGCCGAAGCUGCUGCGUGGGUAUCACCGCUGCGGCCGAGAAGAGGCCGCGCGCCUCGCUGCGUUGGCCUAUCGCGCGAGGUUUGGGGAUAACAAACAAGAACUGCAAGCAAUUCCACAAAUGCUACGGGAGCUGAUUCCGGCAGAUCUGAUAAAGCUGCAGAGCUCUGCUGACUGGAAGCGAGCGAUCGUGGCCUCGUACAACCAGGACGCGGGCAUGACCCCAGAGGACGCCAAGAUCACGUUCCUCAAGGUCAUCUACCGGUGGCCCACCUUCGGUUCCGCCUUCUUCGAGGUCAAGCAGACGACGGAACCCAACUAUCCUGAACUACUGCUCAUUGCGAUCAAUAAACAUGGAGUCAGCUUAAUUCAUCCUCAAUCAAAGGAUAUCCUCGUGACGCAUCCGUUCACAAGAAUUUCAAACUGGUCCUCUGGCAACACAUACUUUCACAUGACGAUCGGUAACCUGGUGAGAGGGUCCAAGUUGUUAUGUGAAACGUCACUUGGCUACAAGAUGGACGACCUGCUCACCUCUUACAUCUCACUCAUGUUGACAAAUAUGAACAAGCAGCGCUCCGUUCGAGUUAAAUGAGGUAUCAAGAAUUUAUUCUUGUAACGGACAGUGCGUUUUGUCUGCUUGGUUUGUGCUCUUGCAGUGUUCUAAAAAAUCUUAUAAUAAAUUAUUGGAAUUGUUGCUCAGUAUGGGUGAAAAAAUCUGAUUUUGUUAAAUGUAAAUUUAUAACAUUCACUUUAUAUUGAUGGUUUAGUAGGAUCGGUCUGGUACUAUUUGCGGUAUUCUAAAAAGAAUACAUCAAUACGUGGAUUUUUAUCAGCCGCUAGAAAUAUUGUAUUCUGUAUGAAGUCAAAACCAUAGCUGUUAACAAUACGUGGUACUUGCUGAAUUAUUCAGGAUUUAAACAGUGUUUCUUUUCAAUAUAUCUAUUAUAAGGAUCAUAAGGAUAUACUUCGUAUGCUACUAUUGUACAUCACAAGUGUAUAAUUUUAUUCGUGUAAAAAUAGAAUAAAUGCACAAUAUAUUCAUAUUUACAACAGGCUUUAUUUUUGACAUAACAUUUAAGUAACAAAAUUAUAGAUGCUUGCAUAUAAAAUAUAAUAUAUAGAUACAACGUGUAAAGGUGUAUUCCUACAAAAUAACUUUAAUAUUUCCGUCCAAGAGAUCAGAACAUUUAUGUAUAUUCCAAAUAUAGUUCAUACUCAUGUUUAAAACUAUUUAUUUAAGUACAAUUAUUACAUAAAUCAAUAUGAUGAAUUUUAUUAUUGUAGGAUAGCUACAUGAUUUGUAGAAUGCAUAAAGUCCAUUAAUUCACCCAAAACGUAAAUAAAUAGGGUUUUGUUAUAAGUAUUUUAAGCGCAUGAGACCAUAUCUUAAAUGGCUCGAACCUAAAACAUUUUACAGCUUUUAAUAUCAUUCUCCAACGAUAUACCUAAUUAUUGCAAGCUUGUACUAUUGAAAUGUAUGUAAGUAUAUUCGGGUGAAAUCUUCUUCUCAUUUUUGAAGCAGAUAGCCGAUUGAACUGAAAUUUUAUCAAACAAGCAAAAGCAAAUAAUAAUUUUGUAUACAAGAAAAAUAAUUGUAUCGUUUAGUCCUGUUUGUAUUUUUUUAUUUCAAAUAUUUUAUGUAAGUGUGUAUAUGUCAAUAUGACAACUUGCGAUUAAAAUAUAUUUCAAUUCAAUCAAAUUAAUGUUUUUUGAAUAGUAUAUGAAACUAAUAAAAAGAUCUGUUAAUAUCCAUAUAAUUAAGCUAGGUGAACGGUUAAGAUAGCGAUGAUACAAUUAGGUAUUAUACAUAUAUGAUAUUAAUGCGAAUAAUUGCCUUUCAGUUAUGUUAUGUUAGCUAGACAUUUUGUAAGGGAUUGCUGAAAAUAUUACGUCUAAUUUUGAAGAUUCAUGAAAAUAAAUAACAAAACAUUUAAGAAGUGUGAUUAAGAAUUGAAUUUGAAACUUAAAACUAAACAUCGUUCGUUGGUAAUUAGUUAUUUUACGAUUACAUGUCGUAAAACAAAAGAUAUUGGUAAUUUUUGUAUUCAUAUUUUUAAUGUCGUCUUUUAUAUAGUUGUUAAGCAUAUGAGUACUUAUUUCGUGUACGUAGAAAUGAAAUGUAUUUAUUUGUUAGUCGUACGACGGAACCUAUUGUAGAAUUGUCUGUUAUGCCAUGAGUUAGACAGUUUAUAAUUUGUUCUUAUUCGCUUUAAAGUCAAAAGUUGCAUUUGUGAGUGGUUGUAAACAUGAGUCACAAUGAA